GGAAGGAAGAGGGGGUCGGACAACUUCCGGCAAGGAGCCGCCAUGAAGCUCCUGACCCACAACCUGCUGAGCUCGCAUGUCCGAGGGGUGAGCCGCGGCUUCCCGCUGCUGCUGAAGGCCACUGAAGUGAAGAUCAACAGCGUGGACUUCAACCAGGAAUUUAUCUCGCGAAUGAUUCCCAAAAUGGAGUGGGGGGCACUCGUCGACGCAGCAGAGAGUAUUGGACACAGGAACGACCUCCCCAAGGAGCUGCCGCCUGAGCCGGAGAGCAGCGAGGACUUCCUGCAGAAAGUGCAUCACGUCCUGCUAGAGAGAAUCGCGGAGCUAAUCCAGGAGCAGGAGCUUUGCCAGGCGCAGCACGUGUUUGGCGUGGGGACUGGCGAAAGCUUGGCCAGUCACAGAACAGGGGAGAAUCGGCAACACCUAACUGUCCAACUGGCCGACUGCAAAUCCAAACUACGCCGUCUUCGACAGGAACUUGAGGAGAAGAUUGAAGAAUUGCAAGACAGUAAACAGGAGCUGGAGGAACUCCAACUCGAUUGGAAACGUUUGCAGAAACAGAACCGGGAGCUGGUGUUGGAGGCGCGUACGGCCCGAACGUACAGGGAUGAGGUGGACGUCCUGCGGGAGAAGGCCACGCGCGUGGACAGGCUCCAGAGUGAGGUUAAGGCCUACAAGGAACGGCUGAACAGCAUCGAGUUCUACAGGGGGAAGGUGGAGGAGGAGCGGGAGUACAGCAAGGCCCUGCUGGAGACGAAGGCCAUGCUAGAGGAGCAGCUGGAGACAGCCCGCUCGCGCUGUGACAAGCUCCACGAGCUGGAGAAGGAGAACCUCCUGCUCCAAGCUGGACUGCAGGACCUCGAGAUGGAGCGAGACACAGAUCGACGGAGGAUUGAACAACUCAUGGAGCAAAAUCUGAACAUGGAGAUGGAGCUGAAGAAGGAUCUGGACGAGUCAGUGCAGCUGAGCAUCAGAAUGGAAGCAAUGCCAGAGGAUCUCCCACACACAGAAUUUGCUGAGAAGCCUCUCAGUUAUGAGGUACAUGAAGUGACAUCGAACCAGCUCCUGAGACUGGAACGAGAGAAUCAGGAUCUGAGGCGGAGAGAGGAACAAUUGCGGGUCAGCAGUGCCAAUGCUGAAACCAGCACUAGUGCCAAGAUCCUCAACCUGGAGAGAGAGAACCAGCAACUGCAUAGAGUGGUGGAGAGUCUGCGAUGGCAGCUGGACAAUGAGAAGCAGAAUUUGGACAGUUCCACAGCUCUGAGCAGCGAACUGAUGAUGGAGAAGGGGCGGAUAGAGGGGACAGUGCAAACCCUGCGGGAGAGCUGUCAGCGAGAGGUACAGGAUCUAAAGAUGGAGAACGAGCAUUUGAGGCAGAGCAUCGAUGCCCUGAGGCAAAGGUCACAGGUCAGCGCCGAGGUCAGGGUGAAAGACAUCGAGAAGGAGAACAAGAUCCUGCACGAGGCCAUGAUGGAGGCCUCGCUGAGGCAGAGCUCGCUGGAGUCUGAGAGGAAGCAGGCCCUGCUGGAGCUGGAGCAGUGCCGGGAGAGGGCCGACAAGGCCGAGGCCUUGGCCCAGGAGCUGGGCCGCGUUGAGAAGCUGAACGAGCAGCUGCGGAAGCAGGUCCUGGAGCUGGAGAUGUGCUGCGGGAGGGUCCCGCUGCUGGAGGACCGGGCAUCCGGGCUGGAGGCCGAGAACCGGGGACUCCAGAGGAGCCUGGAAGACCUUGCUGGCACCCCCGCCCAGCUGGAGGCCUCAGAGGCCGAGAGGGCCCGCUUGGAGCUGGAAAACCUUCACCUGAGGCAGAUGGCGGAGAUGCAGGAGGUGGACAGGGCCAUGAUGAGCCAGCUGGAGUCGGAAAACACGGAGCUGCGGAAGGAGAGGGACCAACUGCGUCGGACGGUCAACCAGCAGAAGGCUUCCAUCAAGAGGGCCGAAGAGUUGGCCUUGGCGCACCAGGGCCUCCAAGCGGAGAGCCAAAGGCUGGCCCGGAGCUUGGAGAACACCAAGCGACAGGUCUCGGAGCUGGAGAAGGAGGUGGAGGAGAUGGAGACGGAGGCCCAGGGCCGGCGGAAGGAGCUGGAAGAGCAGAGGUCGGCGGCCGGCCUGCUGGAGCAGGCCAGGGACGCCCUGGCGCAGGAGCUAGAGCAGGCCGAGAGGGACAAGAGGCAGCUGGGCAAGGAGAGCCGGCGGCUGAGACAGCAGGCCGAGGCCCGCGACGCCUCCCUGGACGAGCACCACCUCCGGGUGGCCGGUCUGGAGCAGGAGAACCGGCAGCUGCAGCUGGUGGCCCAGAGGGCCCGGCAGGCGCAGGACAAGCUGGGGGAGGUGGAGGCGGAGAAGGCCGAGCUCCUCCAGCGGCUGGCCCUCGAGAAGAAAGCAUCGGCCGGCCUCCGUGAAGAGUUGAUGAGCGAGAAGCUGAGAGUCCAGGAGUUCAGGAACCAACUGGACAACCUGAGCCACAGGCUGGAGAGAAUGGGAAUCGAACAGGGUCAGGAGCUGCCCGGAGGACAGGAGAGUAACUACAAGCUUUUGGAAGAGAAGCUGGAGUCAGUGUUUAAGGAGACGUUGGCGAUCAGAGAGACUCACAUCACCAACCUGAGGUGCCAGCUGGACGAGGCUGUGCGACGUAACCAGGAGCUCUCCGACCAGCUGCAGGAGUUAAAGCGGAACUUGGAACAGGUGGGGCCGAGGGAAGAGGCAGCGGACCAGUUGGUUGCCAUGGCGAGGGAGACAGAGACACCAUUGGAGACGAAGCCGGAACGCCGGGAGAGUAUCAAGGAAGCAAUCAGUGAUCAUCUGAUUGAGGUUGAGAGAGAGAACGCGACGCUUCUGGCUGAGAAGGGAGCACUCACCGGCUACGUGAAGCAACUGGAAACCCAGAACACCAAGCUGCAGGCUCAGAUCGUGAUGCUGCAGGAACAUACCGUGUCCCUACAGGAACAGACCUCCAAUCUCCAGACACUAAACGCUCAGCUGCAGGUGGAUAAGGCGUCCCUGACAUUGCAGAAUACCUCACUGACAAUGCAGAGCAGCCAGUUGCAGAGUGAGCGGACAGCGCUGGAAACUGAGAGCAGGGCACUCGCAAAGGAGGCCGGGGAGCUGAGAACGCGCCUCGACUCACUGCUCAGGGACCACGAGAAGCUGGUCCUGCUGCACGAGAGCCAGGAGGCCGAGUUCGAGCGCCUCAUCCAGAAACACAGCCAAUUGAAAGGCAGCUUCAAAUCCCUGGAGGUGGAACAGAAGGAGCUGGAAGAGAGGUACAGCCAGCUCCUUGCCCAGAAAGCACGGCUGGAUGAGAUGGAGACAGUGGUGAAAACACGACAGGAGGCCCUCGAUAUGGAAGCGAAAACUCAGAAGGAAGUAGCUGAAGCCUAUCAGAAACUCCAGGGAGAGUACCGCAGACUCAUGGAGAGCCACACAGACUGUGAGAGGCGCCGGCUGGAACUCAGGGAUGACCACAGGGCUGUAAGGAGCCAGCUCAGUGCAAUCCAGGUGGAGAAAGCGCGGAGUGAGGCAGAGAGCAACUUCCUGAAGGACCAGAACCAACAACUGGACAUUCGCAUGUCCAAACUGAGCAGCCAGUGUGAGUUGCUGAACCAACUCAAAGGGAAUCUGGAGGAGGAGAAUCGUCACUUGUUGCACCAGAUCAAAUCCCUGACUGAGGAGAACCGAAAUCUGCUGGAGAAGACAGUCGAGAGUAAGGACCAGUUUCAUGAGGAACAAAGGCAGUACCUGGACAAACUGAAUGAGCUGAGACGGGAGAAACAGAAACUUGUGGAGAAGAUCAUGGAUCAGUAUCGAGUCAUUGACCCCGCCAUGCCCAGGAGGAAGGGGAACUGGAUAACGGACAAGAUGAAGAAGUUGAUUAAACCUCGGAAGGAGAUCAGCAAGGACCAGCUGAGGACCAUCUUCAUCAACACGGGAGGCAGCCUCGACUCGACGGAGGACCCCACCCCGCCGGAUAACUCCGAGCUACCCCAGACCCCCUCCAAACACACAGGUGGAUCUGACACCCUGAGCCGACAGACAAAGGAGCCGGAGAUGGAUGGAUCGCCUGAGGCCGGGAAGGUCCAGCUGAGGGCUCGCCGGAAACUGAGCUCCCGGAUCUACGGCUCAGAGACCCCUCGGCAGAGGUUCCGGCAAAGGCGGGUAGGCUGGUACGCGACUGGAAAUGAGGAGGAGGAGGAGGAG